AUGGUGAGCUAUGGCGCGAGCGAGCUGUGUCGCCUUCGAGGAUGCCAACAACACAUUUCCCUUGUUCUCGGCGAGAUUCUAGCGCGCGCCGCGCUUGGCGACUGCAACCCACGGCGCGCUGAUACGAGCUGCCGCUCCAAAUCGACCAUUUCGCCGUCCCCGUGCUACUCCGGACUCACCGGCACGUUGCAGUGUCGUUUAUGGCCGAUUUUAAGCAGCUGCUCAGUGAGCCUGCUCGGCUUCCGCGUUAUCUGCAAGAGCCAUUGCGCCCAUGGGUGGCUUCCCGCACUACGGGCUGAGCACAACUUCCUCGUGCUCAAGGGCUCCAUCCCCAGUACCAAGCAGCGCAUCAUCACUAUCCGCAAGUCGCUCAAGGUCCACACCUCAUUCCCGGACAUCGAGAAGGUCUCUCUCAAGCGCAUCGACACCUCCUCGAACUUCGGCGGAAGUUACCCAGCCCUAUUCCUUGAUGGACUCAAAGCCGACCGCGUCGACGCGCUUAUCGAGCGGCUCGGCCUCGCCAACGUCGGCGCCACCCACAUCGGCGGCGCACGGACACGCGAGAUCUCGACCGGCUAG